AUUAUGUUUUAGAGAAAAUGGCCGACAACGUGCCCGUCGCAUCAGCAGCCAACAGCAAUGAAGUCCAAAAUGCCGCACCAGCGGCUGACCAAGCGAGACCUGGUUUCUUUGGGACUUUGAAGACAUUAGUAGUACGAAUGCUAUUUAUUUAUAUGAUAAGUAGUUUUUUCCGAAGGGGAUCAACUCCUACAACAGGAACAGAAGGACAACCUGAGAAACAAUACUCACAGAAUCUAUUUCCAAAGAACUUGCAGAUGGACUUAUAUAUGUACUUAUCUGAACAAGAAGCCUUCUCAGACUUUGACAAUGAAAAUGCGUUAGUUUGGAAAAAGACAGGUCUGAUGUAUGGUGAUUGGACCAGUGGACCGAAUGGAGAUGGAUCUUAUGAAAAAUCUAUGGAGAUAGAUACACCAGAGAGCGUCCAGAACAAUGGUUCUAUAUACCUACAUGUAUAUUUUGUAAAAGAAGGGAAAUCUCCGAAUCCUAAAGAUAAAUUAAAAUAUCUGAAGAGGUAUACAGUGUAUAAUACAAAAAGAUUGAACAAGUUUAAAAAGAGAAAAUUUCAGAAUACUGUAAACUUGUUGACAGGUGAAACAGACGUUCACCCAGAUCUCAUAAAGAAAGAGAACAUGUCUUCCUUUGAGAUUUUAUCCCACUGGCACCCUAACUUAACUAUAAACAUGAUGGAUGAUCACACACCAUGGGCAAGAGGAAGUCUACCAGCACCUCUGGAUGAAUACGUUGAAUUUGUUCCUGGUGGAGAAUUCUACUAUCCUGUCAUAUAUUUCAAUGACUACUGGAAUUUAAACACAGAGUAUCAACCAUUGAAUGAUACAGUCAAGAAGUUGAACUUGACCUUGUCCUAUUCUCCAAUCUCUCUGCUAAGAUGGCAGAUGUAUGCUGCACAGAACAUGAGGAGUAAGUGGUACUCCAUGUUAGGAGCAGAUUUCAUGGAAGACUCUGAUAAUGAUCAAGACUCCUUAAAGACUGCCAUUAUAGAGACUAAUCCUUAUUUGUUGGCUAUGACCAUCAUUGUGUCCAUUGUUCACAGUGUGUUUGAAUUCCUGGCUUUUAAGAAUGAUAUCCAGUUUUGGAGGAACAGAAAAUCAUUAGAGGGUCUAUCGGUCAGAUCAGUCUUUUUCAACGUCUUCCAAUCAAUCAUUGUUGUAUUAUAUGUCCAGGAUAACGAAACCAAUAUGAUGGUUCGCAUCAGUAUCUUCAUCGGUCUUAUUAUAGAAAUCUGGAAAAUACAGAAAGUUAUAACAAUAAAGCUUGAUCGUGAAAAUCUAUUAUUUGGAUUAAUACCAAGACCCACUUUUGAAGAUAAAUCUACUUAUACACAAUCUCAUACAAAAAAAUAUGAUAUGAUGGCGUUUAAAUAUUUAUCAUGGGCUUUAUUCCCGUUGUUAGGUGGUUAUGCUGUGUAUUCCUUAUUAUAUUUAGAGCAUAAAGGCUGGUACUCGUGGGUACUCAAUAUGUUAUAUGGAUUUUUAUUAACAUUUGGUUUUAUAAUGAUGACUCCACAGUUAUUUAUAAACUACAAGUUGAAAUCAGUAGCCCAUCUUCCGUGGAGAAUGAUGACCUACAAAGCUCUCAACACAUUUAUAGAUGAUAUAUUUGCUUUUGUCAUAAAGAUGCCCAUGCUCUAUCGUAUAGGUUGUUUUAGGGACGACAUUGUAUUUUUCAUUUUCCUGUAUCAGCGUUACAUUUAUCGUAUAGACCCUAAAAGAGUGAACGAAUUUGGUACCAGUCAGGACAUGUUAGACCCGAACGGUGACAUCAUGCCUGAACAAUCAGAAGCCAUAGAAUCAAGUCCAUCAGAAGCCAUAGAAUCCAGCCAAUCAGAUGUCAAAGAGCCAAGCCAAUCAGCAGAAGAGAAAACAGAACAGAAGGACAGUAAUGGAGAAGCACACCUGCCAAAAUCAGCAGACGAUAAGAAAAAUGAUUGAAUAAUUUGAUAUUUUAACAUUUUAAUACUGUAGUCAGAAAUCCUGAGAACAAAAGGACACAAGAAUGGAUUGUUGCAAUAUGUGAUGUUGUGAUAUAUGUUACCUUUUGUAGAGUAAAGAUGCUUUAAAUA